AUGUCCCGUCAAGUUAAUCUGGAUCUCUUCGAUCAGAACAUUGUGCCAAAAUCACGCCGCGAAGGAGGGCCCCAUAAGGUCGCCCAAAGAGCGAUCCCUAACGUCCCGCAAGAUGUUGAUCUUCGUCCACGUCCAGAUGAUACCAAGAUUCGUGUUGUACAGGACACACAAAUUGAACCGUCUCAAAAGGUGAUGCAGCAGGGACAUAUUGCAGAAGAUGCGAGUAGGCUCCUCCACUCGAAUCUUCGCCAGAGCGGGCAUGCCUUGCCUCAGUACGUGAAAAGUGCACCAACAUUAGCAAUAUCUGAAUUUGGCUUCGAGUUGUGUGCCACGCUUGGUGAAUACUCACGAUAUGUCCUCCAGGUUAAUGUAGGUUUCUCCGCGGGUAAACCGAUUAGCGUCUACCGGAAGUACCUCGACGCAGUCUCGGAGUCUGGACACCUGCCGCAAAUCCUUCAAAAUGAUCCGGAUGUAGAGACGGCACCUGUUGGAGAUGCUCAUUGGGAGCUCAGACGCGCGUCCCAUCCAGAGAUUACGCAGGCCGACGGUUACUCUCAGAGCCGGAGCACGAACGAUUCUCAUCUUGUGCACUGGUGGUCGCAGGCGUCGAAAUUAUGUUUGUUUAUUUGGAACAAUGUCCUCUCCUUUGGAGAUUUUGUCCCUUCCUUCCUAGUUACCAUCCCAGACGUGGUCAUUCUCAUUGUGUCCAUCAACAUGGCCUGGGACACAUCUCCUCUACCCACCCUCACAUUCACCACGCAGUAUACUGAGCCACCCCUCCAGGAUAAGUGA